AUGGUUUCCAACAGUCACCACCCACCGCGUCCAAGCCUACCCAUGUCAUAUUCUCAAAGUAGCAUUGGGUCUGCCAAUGGGAUGUCAUUUUCGCAAUCGCAACUUGGCUCUUUCAAUGCUUCCCAGUCCGUGGCAACAACUCCUCGAGGCACACCCCCUCCGAAAGGAUCGCAACAGUCGGCAAUGUCUUUUACCUAUUCGAAUGGCCUACCACAUGGUGCGCGAGGUAGUUUCAACGGCUUUGAAGACAUGAAUGGUUAUGGGACAAUGGUGACAUAUCAAGAGGAGAUCAAGCCUCAAAUCUACAGAGCAGUUUAUUCCAAUGUUUCUGUCUACGAAAUGGAAGUUAAUGGAGUCGCUGUUAUGAAGCGUCGUUCGGACUCUUGGUUAAAUGCCACCCAGAUCCUCAAAGUUGCCGGCGUUGUCAAGGCGAGAAGAACGAAGACGCUCGAAAAGGAAAUAGCGGCUGGUGAGCAUGAGAAGGUUCAGGGAGGCUAUGGUAAAUACCAAGGUACAUGGGUAAACUAUCAGAGGGGCGUGGAACUUUGUCGCGAAUACCACGUCGAGGAAAUGCUGAGGCCUCUUCUUGAAUACGACAUGGGUCCCAACGGCACCACUGGUUCCGCGCAGGACUCUUUAGAUACUCCCACGAAGGAACAGGCGAUGGCUGCGCAGAGAAAACGGCUCUACAGCGGCAUGGACAAUCGUAAUAUGUCUCAACCACAACAGGGCACUUUCUUCCAGAACAUUUCUCGCACCGCCGCUACAGCGGUCAACGCUAUGAGUAAAGCUCGCUUUGAUUCUCCCGCAGCAAGAGGUGUCGAUGGCAGGCGAUCAAGUGUCAUACGGAAAUCUUCGAAUCAGACGGGUAGUCAAGAAUCGCAGCUUCCUUUCGCCAGUCAACAGAGCAUGUACAGCAUGGCAUCUGACAACGGAUUCGGAAAUAACAUCCACCACAAUGGCCGACACCCCCAUGAUACCCCAGCAUUUGAUCACGAUGAGUUUGUUGAACCUCCUCGCAAGCGUGUCCGGUCUUCUUCCAACCAUGCACAUUCGUUCGGACUCCAUUAUGAACCUUCGACGUUGUCGAUGACUGAAGCAACCCCAACCGAACCCAACGAUUCCUUUUAUCAAGAUAUGGAUAUGUCAACUUCUAUGGUUGAUGGUAACAAGCGCGGCGUUGAACCUCUUCCUCCAGCGACAACUCCGGAAAGAUUCCAAAAGAUGAAGCUCAUUAUGACCUUGUUCCUCGAUAAGCGGACCAAAGAUUUUUCCAAUCAUCCUGCCUUGAUGCAGCUAACUGGUUACGACUUGGAGACUCCGCUCGAUGAGUAUCGGAACAAUGCUCUGCACUGGGCUGCAAUGCUUGCUCGUAUGCCCCUUGUUCAUGCGCUUGUCGAGAAAGGCGUUAGUAUAUUCCGACUUAAUGGUGCAGGUGAAACUGCAUUACAGAAAUCUGUAGGAACAAGGAACAAUUAUGACUAUAGAAGCUUCCCACGCUUGCUGCAGGUUCUUGCUCCAACGAUUGACAUGGUUGAUUACAGUGGGCGAACGAUUCUUCACCAUAUCGCCGUAAUGGCUGCAACAGGCGGCGGCGGCCAUGUGUCAGCGAAGCAUUACUUGGAGGGUUUACUGGAAUUUAUAGUCCGACAUGGAGGUAGUGCGCUGGGCCAACAAACCCCGAGCGGGCUCGAAAAUGGAACAAACAUUGAACAGCCCGGUGAGGUUAUUACGCUUGGCCGAUUUAUUUCAGAAAUCGUGAAUCUCCGCGAUGAUCAAGGUGACACAGCAUUGAAUCUAGCGGGGCGCGCACGUUCUGUGCUUGUGCCGCAGUUAUUGGAAGUGGGUGCAGACCCUCACAUACCAAAUCAUACUGGUCUUCGGCCUGCGGACUAUGGCGUGGGUGUAGAUAUGGUUGAUGGGAAUUCGCAAUCUCAGCAAUCUGGAACCAAGAAUGAUUCCUUUAUGGACCAACUAGCCAAAACUAAGAAGGAAAUUCUCGAUGCAACACUGGCCCAAAUUAGCACGAUAGUACAGGAAACACUAGGAGGUCUUGACAAAGAACUGGCCACAAAUCUCGCUAAAAAACACGAGAAGUUUGAGCAUUGGCAUUCAAAAAUCCGCGAGUCAGCGAAAGCUCGGCAAAUUGAACAGAAACAACUUGACGAGCUCAGGCGCAAAGCCUCAGAUCGUAUAGGACUGAGCAGGCGCUUCAAAAACCUUGAGAUGUCAUCUCAAGACCUGCUUGUACUUCUAAAGAACAUCCAUGGUGAUUCAUAUGAUGCAUCGAGAGUGAUGUCUGUCGGUGAUGCUGACAAAGACUCUGGUAUCGAUAUCGACAACUUCGAAGUUAUCUUCCCGGAGAACUUUGAUCCUACCUCUGGGUUUUCCGAACAACAAACUGCUUUCUUAAACUCGUUACCAUCUACCGCGGCUCUACAGCAACGCAUACAGGGUUAUGAAGGAUUUAACGAAGAAAUCAUGAAUGAAAUCGACCGCCUCAAAUCCAAGAAUGUGGUGCUAGGUCAGAGCUAUCGGCGAAUGGUCAUGGCCUGCACUAACUGGACAGCCGAGCAAGUUGACGAAGCUGCCGAAGGUUUGACGGAGUGUGUUAAGGAACUAAACGAUAACCCAGUUCCCGAAGAUGAGGCUAUCGAAAUCUUGAUGAAGGACCGUGGUCAGGAUUGGUAA